UUUUACAGCGGGUCGGCUGAUCAUCAAAGCAUCCUUCAGGCGGAAGUAGACGUAGGGGAUUUUUUUAAGUUCUUUGACUUGCGCACUAGCUGCCAGGGUGUAGUCAGAUAGUUCUUUUCCUUCAAAAGUUUUUCCAAUGCGGGGGUGACAUAAGUGUUGAGACCGUGGAAGUUUGCAAAAGAGAAGGAGAGGAGAGUGCGCAUGAGAGGGGAGCAAUCAAGGCUGAGGAACCGCUGUUGUACGUGAGAAUCGAGUUACACACUUUUCCGCAUGAUUUUAUUUAUUUUUCCGCGAACACGGUAGCUGGAGAGUUACCGCAGAUCCCAGAAGUUGCAAGGGAUAGAGGGAACUUCAUUAGUUAGAGAACGUUUCAACUUCUAGAAAAACAUACGGACUAAACCAUGCGUUUUUUACGCGUUGUGAUCUUAUUGACUUUUUGGGCUGCAUGCAGCCAUUGUGCAAUGGAUGAAUGUUCGGACGAAUCCGCUCGGCCUCAACGGUGCAUGCCCGAGUUCGUCAACGCCGCUUUCAAUGUAACCGUGGUAGCUACCAACACUUGCGGCUCCCCUCCCGAAGAAUACUGCGUACAGACCGGAGUGACCGGGGUCACGAAGUCGUGCCACAUCUGCGAUGCCAGGGACCCUAGGCAACAUCACAGCGCUGUGUACCUCACUGAUUACAACAACCAAAUGGAUACCACCUGGUGGCAAAGUCAAACUAUGUUAGCAGGCAUCCAGUAUCCCAACUCCAUCAAUCUGACGCUUCACUUGGGCAAGGCCUUUGAUAUCACCUACGUGCGCCUCAAGUUCCACACCAGCCGCCCGGAGAGCUUCGCCAUCUACAAGAGGACCAGGGAGGACGGGCCUUGGGUACCGUACCAGUACUACAGCGGCUCCUGCCAGAAGACCUACACCAAGUUAAACCGUGGCUUCAUCCGCACCGGCGAGGACGAGCAGCAGGCGCUCUGCACUGACGAGUUCAGCGACAUCUCUCCCCUCACCGGAGGCAACGUGGCCUUCUCCACGCUUGAGGGACGCCCCAGCGCCUACAACUUUGAUAACAGCCCCACCCUGCAGGAAUGGGUGACCGCCACAGACAUCCGGGUGACCCUGAACAGGCUCAACACGUUCGGAGACGAGGUUUUCAACGACCCCAAGGUUCUGAAGUCCUACUACUACGCCAUCUCAGACUUUGCCGUGGGUGGAAGGUGCAAGUGCAAUGGCCACGCCAGUGAGUGUACGAGGAACGAGUACAGCAAGACGGUGUGCAACUGCAAGCACAACACAGAGGGUGACGACUGCCAGGUGUGCCAGCCCUUCUACAACGACCGCCCCUGGAGGAGAGGAACGGCCGAAAACCCCAACGAGUGCUUGCCUUGUAACUGUAAUGGCAAAAGUUCUGAGUGCUACUUCGACUCGGAGCUGUACCGCGCCACAGGCCGUGGAGGCCACUGCCGUAACUGCGCCGACAACUUUGACGGGCCCAACUGCGAGCGCUGCCUGGAUAACUACUACCGAGAGUCAUCUGGCAGCCGGUGCCUGCCUUGCAGCUGUAACUCCGUGGGUUCUCUGAGCACCCAGUGUGACGCCACGGGGCGCUGCAGCUGCAAGCCAGGAGUGAUGGGGGAUAAGUGCGAGCGCUGCCAGCCGGGUUACCAUACCCUGACCGAGGCAGGCUGCAGACCCUGCUCCUGUAACCCCUCCGGAAGCACACAGGAGUGUGAUGUGCAGACAGGACGCUGCCAGUGCAAGGACAACGUGGAGGGCUUCAGCUGUGACAGGUGUAAGCUGGGCUUCUUUAACCUGGACCCCCAGAACCCACAGGGCUGCACCCCCUGCUUCUGCUUCCAGCACUCGUCCGUGUGCGACACCGCCGAGGGCUACAGCGUCCACACAAUCACCUCCGACUUUGACCGCGAUGAUGAUCAGUGGACAGGACAGCGCAGGGAUGCCACCAGCGCUGACGUCCAGUGGUCCCCCAGCUCACAAGACAUCUCGCUCAUCUCCGAGGACUACUUCCCCAUUUAUUUUGUGGCUCCAGAAAAGUUCCUGGGCGGUCAGCUGCUGAGCUUUGGCCAGAAUCUCACGUUCAGCUUCCGGUCAGACCGUCGUGACACCCGCCUCUCGGCAGAGGAUGUCGUGCUUGAGGGAGCCGGACUUCGCGUCACCGUGCCACUUAUCGCCCAGGGCAACGCCUACCCAGAGGAGAAUGUCAAGACUUACGUGUUCAGGCUCCAUGACACCACAGACUACCCAUGGAGGCCCAACCUUGGGCCCGGUGACUUCCAGAAGCUUCUGCACAACCUGACAGCCAUCAAAAUCCGUGGCACCUACAGUGAAAGAAGUGCUGGCUACCUCGAUAACGUUGCCCUAACAACUGCUCGCCGAGCCCCCGGCACCCCUGCCCUCUGGGUAGAGAAGUGCACAUGCCCCCAAGGCUACGUGGGGCAGCACUGCGAGCAGUGCGCUCUGGGAUACCGGAGGGCCAAUCCUGAGCUAGGCCUCUUCAGCCCUUGUGAACGCUGCAAUUGCAACGGCCACAGUGAUGCAUGCGAUCCAGUAACCGGAAUGUGCGACUGCCUGCAUAACACAGCUGGAUUGAGCUGCGAGAGAUGCAAGGACGGUUUCUAUGGUGACUCUACGGCUGGUUCCUCUUCGGACUGCAAGCCCUGCCCGUGUCCUGGAGGUGCCACCUGUGCUGUUGUCCCCAAGACCAGAGAGGUGGUGUGCACCAACUGCCCCGCUGGCACCACAGGCAAGCGCUGUGAGCUGUGUGACGAUGGCUUUUUUGGGGACCCCCUGGGUCAGGACGGGCCUGUGAGGGCGUGCCGUGCCUGCACCUGCAGUGACAACAUUGACCCCAAUGCUGUGGGCAACUGUAACCGGGAGACGGGCCAGUGCCUGAAGUGCAUCUACAACACCGACGGCUUCUUCUGCGACCGCUGCAAAGAGGGUUUCUUUGGCAGCGCGCUGGCUACCAACCCCGCUGAGAAAUGCAGACCCUGCUCCUGCUCCCCCUACGGGACUGUCGAUCAGCAGACUUCCUGCCUGCAGGUCACUGGGCAGUGCCAGUGUCUCCCCCACGUGACUAACCGCGACUGCAACGCCUGUGAGCCCGGCUACUUCAACCUGCAGAGCGGCAAAGGCUGUGAAAGGUGCGACUGCAGCCCGAUUGGCUCGACCAGCGGGCAGUGUGACAUCGAGAGUGGUCAGUGUGAGUGCCAGCCUGGGGUUUCGGGUAAACAGUGCGAACGCUGUGAGGUCAACUUCUUCGGCUUCGGCUCGUCCGGCUGCAAACCUUGCGACUGUGACCCGGAGGGCUCCCAGACGGCGCAGUGCAAGGAGGACGGCCGCUGUGAGUGCCGCCCUGGUUUCAUAGGAGCCCGCUGCGACAUGUGCGAGGAGAACUACUUCUACAACCGCUCCACGCCUGGCUGCCAGCAGUGCCCCAACUGCUAUGGCCUGGUCAGGGACAAGGUGAACCAGCAGAGGCAGAAGCUGCACGACCUGCAGACUUUGAUUGACAAUCUUGGCACCAGUACGGAGACCGUCAGUGACAAGGCUUUUGAAGACCGACUCAAAGAAGCCGAAAAGGCCAUCAUGGACCUGUUGGAGGAGGCCCAGAGCAGCAAAGAUGUAGAUGAAGGCCUGUUGGAACGUCUCAACAACAUCAACAGCACCCUGACAACCCAGUGGAACCGGCUGCAGAACAUCCGCAACACAGUGGACAACACAGGCACGCAGGCAGAGAAAGCCCAGAAACGUGUCCAGGACGCGGAGAGCCUGAUCGACAGAGCACGCCAAGAGCUGGACAAGGCCAAGGACGCCAUCAGUAAAGUGGACAUCAAACCGCUCACUACCGCGGGAGGGCCGAACAACAUGACCCUUCUGGCUGAGGAAGCCCGCAACCUGGCUGACAAGCAUAAAAUGGAUGCUGAUCAGAUCGAGAAGAUUGCCAAAGACGCAAAUGACACGUCUACCAAGGCAUACAAUCUGUUGAAGAAGACACUGGAUGGCGAGGGAAAGACCAGCAGUGACAUCGAUGAACUCAACAAGAAAUACAGUGAAGCGAAGGACCUUGCCAAGAACCUGGAGAAACAGGCUAACAAAGUGUUGGCUGAGGCAGAGGUGGCAGGUGACAAGGCCAACAAGAUUCUGUCCAACCUCACAACCCUGCCGCCCUUCGACACCAAAUCACUGGAGGACGAGGCCAGCAAGAUCAAGAAGGAGGCAUCAGACCUGGACAAGCUCAUCGACAAGACUGAGAAGGAGUACAACGACCUGAGGGAGGACCUGCGGGGCAAGGAGUCUGAGGUCCGCAAGCUGCUGGAGAAGGGCAAAACUGAGCAACAGACGGCGGAUCAGCUGCUGGCCCGUGCGGAUGCUGCCAAGGCCCUGGCUGAGGAGGCUGCCAAGAAAGGCAGGACCACGUACCAGGAGGCUCAGGACAUUCUGACCAACCUCAGGGAUUUCGAUAAGAGGGUCAACGACAACAAGACGGCGGCAGAAGAGGCUAUGAAGCGUAUCCCAGAAAUCAAUGCAACGAUCAUCGCGGCCAAUGAGAAGACCAAGCAGGCAGAAUCAGCACUGGGCAACGCAGCAGCAGACGCCAAGGAGGCCAAGGCUAAAGCCGAAGAAGCCGAGAAGAUCGCCAGUAGCGUGCAGAAGGGCUCAGCAAAGACCAAGACAGAUGCAGAAAAGGCCUUUCAGGACACUACGAAACUGGACGGCGAAGUGAACGACAUGUUGAACCAGCUGUCAGCUGCUGAGAAUGAGCUGGAGAAGAAGAAAGCAGAGGCUGAUCAGGACAUGAUGAUGGCCAGUAUGGCAUCUGACAACGCCAAAGAAGCUGAGGUCAAUGCCCGCAAAGCCAAGAGUGCCGUCAGGAUGGUCCUCGACACAAUCAACGACUUACUCAAGCAGCUAGGCAACAUUGACAAGGUGGACCUGAGCAAGCUGGAGCAGAUCGACGGCUCCCUGAAGCAGGCCAAGGAGAGGAUGAAGGGCAGUCUCCUCGACAAGAAGCUAAAGGAUCUGGACGACGUGGCCAAGGUCCAGGAGGAGAUGAUCAGUGGCUAUGACCAACAGAUCCGCGAGAUCCGUGCAGACAUCGCCAACCUCAAUGACAUCAAGAACACGCUACCUGAGGGCUGCUUCAACACCCCGUCACUGGAGCGGCCUUAAUCUCUCCCCGACCUCCUCUCCUCAUCUUCCUCUUCCUCCUCCUCUCUCCAUGCCCCUCUUUCCUUAUUUGUACCACUCCUUCCACCACCUGUCUAACACUUGGGCAAAGAAUCGCCAAUAUUUUACCAAAAUAGGUUUUAUUUUGAAAAAACAAAAAUUGUAUGUGUCUUACGUGUCUUUUCUUUACUUGUUUUUUUUUUUGUGUCUUUUUUUUUCCCAAGAGAGAAGCCAACUUUUCACACUGAUGGUUUUCAAAGUCAAAACAGGAGACCAGCAGCUUUUCUUUAUAUAAUUCUGCCAUACAACAAGCACAGGAGACGUGAAAACGACUAAAGCUGUGUUGCCCCCUGGCAGGCUGGUGCUGAGGGGGGGGGCUUGAGAGGGAGGGUAGGGUAGGGUAGGGUAGUGCCCCUCGGAGCUGAACAGAAACCCACGUGACUGCACCACUUCCAGACUCUUCCACACUCCACCCACGGUUCACCACCCCUCAUCCCCGGCAAACCCCAACGGAAUGUCCCGCGGUUCCACCCACCCACCACUCCAGACACAAGGACAUGGGGGGUUUGGUUGGGGUUUGGGGGAAGUCAGUGUUUUUUUUGGUUUGUUUUUGUAUUUUAUUUCAAUGACCUGCAGUACAGUAUGUGCCACUGUCUGUGUUAACCUAGCCUAAUUUCAGAACUAGCAGUGAAGGAAUCGUUUUUUUGACUUUCCGCUGUCACAUAUGCCUCCGGUUCUGUCCCAGCAUGAGAACGGCGCAGUAUGUGAUGAUGGUGGAGAACAUACAUCAGGCUUACACUCACUCGCUCACUGAACAACCAUAAUCCUUUCUCCGCUGCACGCGCUCACAUUCAAGAGAGCCGUGUGAACAGGGCUUUCUCCUGCUCUCUUGCUUCUCGUGCAUGUUCGUACGUGUCCAUGAUCCACUACAGUUUGAAAUUGUCAUGUAAUUACUUGUCUUUAACACUACAAAAGCAUAUUUUCAUUUGUGUUUUUUUUUGUUUGUUUUUUUUUGUUUUUUUUUGCCGAAGCUGCUGCUUAAUACAGGUGUACUGCAAAUCACACAUUAACAAAAGGCAAAAAUCCCACACUAUGCAACUUUGUACAUUUGCGUAGCAAGACUUUAUCUGAUACACUGGUGCUAAUAAUUAUUUCAAAUGUUAUAUUUUUGUGUGAAUGUUUUUUUAUUAUGAUAUAGAGUGAGGACUUGUUAUUUGUGUAAAUAAGUGCGUAAAUGAUUCAGGACUGGCUGAUUUUACAACCAAGACCCAACCAGCCAUCUCAUAUAGGUUCACAAAGAAAAAUCAGCAGAAACCUCCACGUAAUAUAUAAAUAUCUAUAAUAAGGUCUGUGGUAUAAUAUGCUUGCUUGUAUACAUGGCUCAGUGCUGUUGCCUCAUAGCUCUGCCAUUUUUAUUUUAUUUGUGUUUUAAAAAAUUUCAGUGGGUGGUUAAUAAUUGAUGAAAAGAUUCUUUGGUAAGCAGAACCUCUUCUCUAUACGUUGACUGACAAACCCAGCCUCACCUUUUGAGUUAGAGUGGCCUUCACCGACAUCCACAGUAUGCCUAACAUUUCAUUUUACUGAAUUAUAUGCUUGAAUUAAGAAAAAUAAGCUUGGUCAUGUUGCUAGUUAAACAUUUUUUUAUUAGUGUUUUGUGCCUUAAUCUUUGGACGUAUGCUUCACUCGGUCCUAUCGUUUUGUGUUCUUGACAAAGGCAUCAAAUCUAAAUUGUACACAUAAAAACUACAUUCUCACUGAUGUCCUCCGAUUUCAACCUAAAAGCAGGGAACCUAUUGAGAGGUCCUUACCAUCAACAUACAUCUAAGACCUAGAAGGUCGCAAGAGGAUUUAAUAUUUCUGGUAUCUUUUCAGUUCAUUUGUCUUGCAUAAGAUCUUUUUUUUUCCCCCUAUCAGCUUCAUACAAACCUCAUGUUAAAUAGUGAAUUUUUAUUUUUCAUUUGUUCCAGUUUUUUGGAGAGAAAGUAUUUGUCGAAAGAUGAACUCUUCAGUACCACUUUGACUUACCUUGUCCUGUUUAGGUCUCCCAGCCAUUGGUGGAAAGAUUUGCAACACAUACAAUUUUUAUGUAUAAAACAGUAUUUCUAAUUUAUAAUGUACCAAGUCUUUGUAAUCUGUUGUUAUUAAGUAUGUGUGUGUGAUGCAGUCUUUUUGUGGUCCUUACCUAUGGAGGAUACUACUGUAUUUAUCAGCCUCUGUGGUAAGGUAAUCUUUUUACACACACUCAAAAGGACCUGAAAACACCCUGCUUGUUACCCCCAGUUGCCUGUAAAUCAAAUCGUAACAUUUGAAUAAUAAACAAUUGUUAUUACCGGA